CCAAUUGAUCCAUACAUCUUCCUCUUCCCAGCCAUCUUCUCAGUCCUCCCAACACCCCCCCAAAAACCAAAACAAUAAAAGUUACCUCAUUUCUUUCCCAAUUUUUGAUUUUCUGGUUUGGUUUCUGGGGGCCAGUUUGAGCAUUGCAUCAUUCUCAGCUUCUUGUUGAAUUUCAAGGGAAAAAUUGAAGGAUUUUUCAUUGAUUUCUCAGCUUCUUAUAUCAACAAAUUAAAAGCAAGCCUGGAUGAUAUUGGGAUUCGAGGAAAGUUGGGAUUUUGAUUCUGAGCAAUAUCUUAUGUUUAUGUUGAUAUUUUUUGAUGGGGAAUACAUGUUCGGGACCCACUUUGAACAAAGAUUCAGCAGAUUCAUCAAAGACAGAUGGAAAAGGCUCUGAUUCUAAUAACUCUAAUGUCCAGAACACCCCUCCUCCACAUCUUCAAAUACCUGGAGAUAAGCCUCAGGAUGACAAAUCAACAAAUUCCCAAAAGGGUGUCAAAAUGGAAGACACUGUAAAUAAUAAGGCAGUGGAGGAUGUGAAAAGAAACAAGUCUAGUAAUCUUAAGCGAGUAUUGAGUGCAGGCCUCCAAGUCGAAUCCGUUUUGGGGCGAAAAACGGGCAACUUGAAAGAAAUUUAUAGUUUAGGAAGGAAACUAGGACAAGGGCAAUUCGGGACAACAUUUUUGUGUGUGGAUAAAGCUCAAGGAAAGGAAUUUGCAUGUAAGUCAAUUGCUAAAAGGAAGUUGACAACUGAAGAAGAUGUGGAGGAUGUUCGGAGGGAGAUUCAGAUAAUGCACCACUUGGCAGGGCACCCUAGUGUUGUACAGAUUGUUGGGGCUUAUGAGGAUGCUGUUGCUGUUCAUGUCGUAAUGGAGCUUUGUGCGGGUGGAGAGCUUUUCGAUAGGAUUAUAAAGAGGGGGCACUAUUCAGAGAAGAAGGCUGCUGAACUUGCAAGGGUAAUAGUAGGUGUUGUGGAAGCAUGCCAUUCACUAGGCGUUAUGCACAGAGACCUCAAACCUGAGAACUUCCUUUUUGUCAAUGAGAAAGAAGAGUCACCAUUGAAGACCAUUGACUUCGGGUUAUCGGUGUUCUUUAGACCAGGUGAAACCUUCACGGAUGUGGUGGGAAGCCCUUACUAUGUGGCCCCAGAAGUCCUGCGGAAGCGUUAUGGUCCAGAAUGUGAUAUUUGGAGUGCUGGAGUAAUUAUUUAUAUCCUUCUUAGCGGUGUGCCUCCAUUUUGGGAUGAAACGGAGCAAGGAAUAUUUGAACAGAUUGUGAAAGGGGAACUUGACUUAGUGUCAGAACCUUGGCCAGCUAUAUCAGAAAGUGCAAAAGAUCUAGUCAGAAAAAUGCUUGUGAGAGAUCCCAAAAAGCGGUUGACAGCUCACGAAGUUCUCUGUCACCCAUGGGUCCGUGUAGGUGGAGUUGCUCCAGAUAAGCCUCUUGAUUCUGCUGUUCUGUCUCGUCUCAAUCAAUUUUCUGCAAUGAAUAAAUUAAAGAAGAUAGCAAUCAGAGUUAUUGCCGAAAAUCUUUCUGGAGAGGAAAUUGCAGGAUUGAAGCAAAUGUUCAAAAUGAUAGACGCAGAUAACAGUGGACAUAUUACGCUAGAGGAACUGAAAAAGGGCUUGGUAAAAGUAGGUGCCGAUCUUAAGGAUUCAGAAAUAAACAAUUUAAUGCAAGCGGCAGAUAUGGAUAAUAGCGGUACCAUUGACUAUGGCGAGUUUAUCGCUGCUAUGCUCCAUCUAAACAAAGUCCAGAAGGAAGAUCACAUGUAUGCUGCUUUUUCAUAUUUUGAUCAAGAUGGUAGUGGAUAUAUCACACAAGAAGAACUCCAACAGGCUUGUGAGAAGUUUGGUUUGAGCAAUAUUCCCAUGGAAGAACUUAUGCGUGAAGUUGAUCAAGAUAAUGAUGGGCGCAUUGAUUACAAUGAAUUUGUAGCAAUGAUGCAAGAUACUGGUUUUGGAAAGAAUGGUAACAAAAGAGUGUGACAUCUCCGAGGCCUUAGAACCUGGCUUGCUCGGCCCUUUGAUCACAAGACUACUUCAAAUACUCUGGAAGCAGAUUAGAACUUUGAGGGUCCCGUGGUUCAUUAAAUCUCCAGUGUUACUGCUUCGGCUCAAAAAUGCAUUUUCUGCAGAAGUAAUUCGUGAUUUUCCUACGUCCAAGUCCAAUGCUAUUCUUCUUACGUUUUGGCGUAGUUAUAAUAUCAAUCUUGUGCUCUUGUUCACCCUAUUAGAUGAUUUUGAUGUGUACUACAUUCUUUUUCUUGAUGAAGUUUGAUGUACACUACUUUUUUCUCUUUUUAGCCCGAAUUUAUUACAUU